ACUAUGAAUCCACACCGCACUCGUUAAUAAAAACUGUAAAAGUAACCCCUUCAUUGCCUCACAUCGGCAUCAGUGUUCACGUCGUACCGCCGUUCCCGAGACGUCACAUGACCGCGCUUUGCUGAGCUCGUACACAGCUGUGACGUCACUGGAGAAAUAAGAAGUUUCUGGGCUUUUUAUGGCCUUUAGGAAGGUUUUACAAAUGUGAAACUCCAUGAAUUAAAAAUAUAGAAUAUAAAGAUCUAUACAUGUCUCCAGAUGUCCUGUGUCCAUGUCUCCAGAUGUCCUGUGGACACUUUUACACGCGUCUCUUUUACUAUUGUUCUCAGUGGGAAAAUUGCUUUUUGGGCCGCGUGAGUAUUUGUUGUUGCAGUACCACGAGUGGCCACCAUGACAAAACUGUCUUGAAGGCGGAGAGGGCGGAGCUACAGUUCUUCUUCGUGGUCCUGACGCUCGGAGCUGCUGUUUACGUCUCUGUCGUCACGUCUCUGAUUUUUUAAAAGCUUUUUGUUUGUCGCUCUUAAACACUUCUAUCAUAAAGCACACUGCUCUGUGACGUGCUGUUAAACACGCGGGUUCGGUUCCCGUGGCGCAGCAAUAUUGCACGCCUGGCCAGGAGAGAGGCCAAAGACACUCAGACUGAGACUCAGGCGCACAUGGACCUCACCCACAGUUCAGAAAAGACCCACCUAAGGGUUGGACUCUAUGUUCACAUUGACAAUCAGGGACAAGGUUUGGAAAACUUCCCUCCAGUAUUUCUCAAGGCUUGGACAUGUCCAAAACAUGUGGACAUGUGGAUGAGCUGUGGAUACGCUCUCUUACAUUUGUCGCACCAGGGAUCCACAUCUGGUAUAUAUUUUAUUUACUGUUUUUUAUUUUGAAAAUCAGCUGGAACCAUGAACACACACACACACACAUACACACACACACAGAGACAGACAGACAGACAGAGCUCCCUCUGCUGGUAGAAGAGACAAAUGUCAGUGAGACAUGAUGUCAGAGUUAGCUGCAGUGUCCUCUCCUGUCUCACACACAGGACAGUCGACCAUGUCUCACUUACAGAAAACACCUGUUGACACCUGAUCUCUUAGCUCCGCCCACUGCUGCACCUGAACAACAGGUGUCAGUUUCUGCUGCUGCUGGUGCGUUCAGGUGCGACUCAGGAAUUCUGAUGCUGUGAAGGCAGCGUCCCUGAGAUCAAAGAUGGUCUAAUAACAGGAUGAGUCACUCUGAUCAGGUAAGGACACAAGAUUAUUGAUCACUGAUCGAUCCUCUUGUUGUUUUGUUUAUUAGCUGGUGUUUGUGUGUUGUUUGUGUUUUCAUUGUGUGUUGUUUGUGUGUUGUCGAUGUCUGUGUCAGAGCAGCAGCUCUCAUCAGUGGUUCCUGGAGUUUGUAUCAGAGUGAGACCUCUCCGCUGUCUCUGCUGUGUUGAGACACUUCUGUGAGUGUGUGUGUGUGUGUGUGUCAGGGGUCAGCCGCUGCUGCUGAUGGGGGGGGUCACACUGAUCUAAGGCUCCGUUACUCGUCCUCGUCUCUGGGACACGUCUGUCAGUCGUGGAAGAUGCCGGUUCAAAUCCCGGACGACUCAGACUUUUCCUCGUUCAAAGAUCAGUGUCUGUCCUCGGACGCUUGGACGAGUCGCUACAACAAGGGAGGAGUGACCGUGUGGUGUCAUGAGCAGGAGAGCAGGAGCGUCCAGAAACUCAAGAUGAGGAUCGUGUGUAAGGACGUGAAGGCAGAGACACUGUACGAUGUCCUCCAUGACACCAGCUACCGCAGGAAGUGGGACACAAACAUGAUCGAGACGUACGACAUCGGUCGACUGACGGUGAACACGGACGUAGGAUAUUAUUCCUGGAAAUGUCCGUCUCCUCUGAAGAACAGAGACUUUGUGACCAUGAGGUCGUGGCUUCCUCUCGGCAGUGAUUACCUGAUCAUUAACUACUCUGUCAAACACCCGCAACAUCCACCAAAGAAGGACUAUGUCCGAGCUGUGUCUCUGUUGACUGGAUAUCUGAUCCAGUCCAACGGAGCCAACUGUUCCACCCUCUACUACCUGACCCAGGUGGACCCUAGAGGUUCUUUACCAAAGUGGGUCGUCAACCGAGUCUCUCAGUUUGUGGCUCCAAAGGCGAUGAAGAAGAUCUACAAAGCGUCCCUGAAGUAUCCAGAGUGGAAGCGCAGACAUGACCCGGGGUUGAAGCCGUGGAUGUUUCCGGAACAGAACUGUCUGCCGUGCAUCAGCGCGUCGGAGCUGACGCUGCAGCGAGCAGCUUCACUGGAGAACAUCGACGAGAGCAACGUCAGCGAGGAGAGGACGCAUCAGAGCGACGACGAAGACACUUAACGUCAACGUCCUCUCUCUCUCUCUCUCUCUCUCUCUCUCUCUCUCUCUGUGUGUGUGUGUGUGUGUGUGUGUGAGUGUGUUUGUUUUGACAAAUCAAAAUAAAGUGUUUGAAAUGAUGGUGAUGUCACUGUUAGUGUCUGUGACUCUCUGCUGCCUCCUGUGGUCACUCUGUGUCACUGACGUCAGGCUGAACACUAAAUGACCUGUGUGUGUGUGGCGCUGCCUAGUGGACAAAUAGGAAAGAACAGGCACAGAUUGAUAUGCUGUUUGAGGUCUUUUAAUCAAUAAAGUUGGUUUUGAAUUUUGUAA